AUGUACGUGUGGGAGCAGCAGGAGGUGGGGGUCAGAGCAGCAGGAGGUGGGGGUCAGAGCAGCAGGAGGUGGGGGUCAGAGCAGCACAGAGCAGCAGGAGGUGGGGGUCAGAGCAGCAGGAGGUGGGGGUCAGAGCAGAGGGAGGUGGGGCUCAGAGCAGAGGAGGUGGGGGUCAGAGCAGCAGGAGGUGGGGGUCAGAGCAGCAGGAGGUGGGGGUCAGAGCAGAGGGAGGUGGGGCUCAGAGCAGAGGAGGUGGGGGUCAGAGCAGCAGGAGGUGGGGGUCAGAGCAGCAGGAGGUGGGGGUCAGAGCAGCAGGAGGUGGGGGUCAGAGCAGAGGGAGGUGGGGCUCAGAGCAGAGGAGGUGGGGGUCAGAGCAGCAGGAGGUGGGGACCACCAAAAUACAACAAGGACUUCAUCAAGGACUUCAUCAAGGACUUCAUCAAGGACUUCAUCAAGGACUUCAUCAAGGACUUCAUCAAGGACUUCAUCAAGGACUUCUCUUAUUUUAUGGCUCUUAUGUCAACACGUGAUGACAAGAUGUUACUGGUUGGGGUUGAGCAGAGUGUGGAACAGAGUGUGGAACAGAGUGUGGAACAGAGUGUGGAACAGAGUGUGGAACAGAGACAGAGUGUGGAGCAGAGACAGAGUGUGGAACAGAGUGUGGAACAGAGUGUGGAGCAGAGUGUGGAACAGAGUGUGGAGCAGAGUGUGGAACAGAGUGUGGAACAGAGUGUGGAGCAGAGUGUGGAACAGAGUGUGGAGCAGAGUGUGGAACAGAGUGUGGAACAGAGUGUGGAACAGAGUGUGGAACAGAGUGUGGAACAGAGACAGAGUGUGGAACAGAGUGUGGAACAGAGUGUGGAACAGAGUGUGGAACAGAGUGUGGAACACAUGUUAAUUGCGGAGGAUAAGGGUAUCGUUUUUGAACUGAGCUUCUUUCUAUCAAAUAAAGUUUUGACCUCCUCCUCCUCCUCCUCCUCCUCCUCCUCCACACACUCUGACCUCCUCCUCCUCCAAACACUCUGA